CCAAGUGAACGUCCUAUUCUUAUUUAAACGGAUUUUCUAGCAAUUCCAAGAUGUUAGGACUCACGUUAGCUUUGUGUGCGGGAUUUUGUGCUGCAAUGGCUUCGUCAUUUGCAAAGUUUGCAAUGUCUCCUUCAAUAAUACGCCAGCUUGUUUGUAACAACGCUUUUCUUCAGUCAAUAAUGAAAGGAAUAACACGAGAUGCAUAUUGUCAAUGGGUUGUURUAUUGUUCAGGGUGUUGUCAUUCUCUCUGGUUUUURUGUUCAAUGCUUUGAUGUGGACCUUGUUUGUCAAGUCACUCAGAAAAUGCUCAUCAACUGCAGUUGCAACAGUAACCAACUCUGGGUCAAACCUUGUAUUUACGGCUAUUUUGGGCAUGGUGUUAUUUGGUGAAACCCAGUCAAUACAAUGGUGGAUGGGUGCAUCUAUGAUUYUAAUAGGUUUGAUAGUGAUACAUCAUAGUAAUAAAUCAAGUCACGAUAAAGACAAGAAUGAAUAGAAAAAUACACAAAAACACAAUAUAGAUUUCUUAAAAUGGUAUUUAUUGACGAAUGUAGCCUAAAAGUAGUGCAGGCAUUUUUCUUUGAGUGUAUUUAUAUUUUGACACCAUAUUAUAAUAAUUUUAAUCAAAAUUUUAGCCAAAGCCAUAGUACAAACUUCAAAUUCAUCGUCUUCCAAAUUCUGAAACAAUAAAACAAGUAAUCUAAUUGUCAAUUUUAU